AUGUCGAAGCCGACUUCAGCACCAUAUCCAGAGGCCGCCAAUCGCGCAUUAGCAACAGAGCGUCUACCUUUACCCAGCCCAACCACAGCACGUUACAGCAGCGUCACCAGCUCCGAGAAGAGCCCUGGCAGCUCCGACGAGCGUUCUGCCCGUCUUAUUUCUUGCCCCGUCGAAUCUGUCGCUGGCUCUUGGAGGGCUGGCAUGCCAGCGCCUUAUGAAACCCCGGUCUUCAUACCUCCGAGAACAAACACUCUGGUGAAGCCCUUGCAUGCACCGAUGCAGAUCGCCUGCUCUCCUCGCUACGGGACAACUCCUACACCUCCUAGCAGCACUCCAAGGAGCUCCUCCAAAACCAGCGAAUGUUCCCCAGUCACGGCACUUCCCGGCACGAUGUCAGCACGCAGAGUACAGCGACCUAGCAACACGCGGCGCAGAACGCGAGAGGAUGGACGGAAUGCCUGCGGCCUGGAAGGAACUGAACAAGAACCUCCGAGGUUAGGAGCACGGAUGAAGGCAUCGUUGCGUGGGAUGUUCAAGAAGUCUUCAACGGACGAAUCUACUCUUGAGCGCAUUGGAGACCGGCAUUGGACGGACGAAUGA